CUCCGGGCUGCGCCUCGCAGUGCGCGCUCCUUGCCCCUUUUGACGUGGCACCGGCUUCCCCCCUCAGCCAUGUUGGUUGCGUCGGCACCGCUCAGGCUGCUGGGUUCCCGUGUGAGGAGAGGCUGAAGCGAGCGGCGGAGGCGGCUGCUCCACUGGCUGAGCGACGCAGAAAUAAGAACGCAGUGAUGGCAACCUUCCUCGAGUUCAUUCAGCAGAAUGAAGACAGGGAUGGCGUUCGAUUCAGCUGGAAUGUAUGGCCUUCCAGUCGUCUUGAGGCUACAAGGAUGGUGGUUCCUGUGGCCUCUCUGUUUACACCAUUGAAAGAGCGGCCUGACUUGCCUCCCAUUCAGUACGAGCCAGUCCUGUGCAGCAGAACUACCUGCCGAGCUGUUCUAAAUCCAUUAUGCCAAGUGGAUUACCGAGCAAAACUAUGGGCUUGCAAUUUUUGUUACCAGAGAAACCAGUUUCCUCCUACAUAUGCAGGCAUAUCUGAGAUGAACCAGCCUGCAGAACUCUUACCUCAGUUUUCUAGCAUUGAAUAUGUAGUACAGCGUGGACCUCAGAUGCCUUUGAUAUUUCUUUAUGUUGUUGACACGUGUAUGGAAGAUGAAGACUUGCAAGCUUUGAAGGAAUCCAUGCAAAUGUCGUUAAGUCUCCUACCUCCAACUGCUUUGGUUGGACUUAUUACUUUUGGGAGAAUGGUGCAAGUUCAUGAGCUUGGCUGCGAGGGGAUUUACAAAAGUUAUGUUUUCAGAGGCACAAAGGAUCUGACUGCAAAACAGCUUCAGGAAAUGUUAGGACUUACAAAAAUGAAUGUUGCACAAGUGGGGCGUGGCCCUCAAGCUCAGCAGCCGCCACCAUCAAACAGGUUCUUACAGCCGGUCCAGAAAAUUGACAUGAAUCUCACUGAUCUUUUGGAUGAACUGCAACGUGAUCCUUGGCCUGUUCCCCAAGGGAAAAGACCUUUGCGGUCUUCUGGAGUGGCACUUUCCAUAGCUGUAGGACUGCUAGAGUGUACUUUUCCUAACACUGGUGCCCGUAUAAUGAUGUUUAUUGGCGGACCGGCUACACAGGGACCUGGGAUGGUUGUAGGAGAUGAACUUAAGGUGCCUAUAAGGUCUUGGCAUGACAUUGAAAAAGACAAUGCCAAAUAUGUAAAAAAGGGUACGAAGCAUUUUGAAGCUUUGGCAAAUCACGCUGCUACAACCGGUCACGUUAUUGACAUUUAUGCAUGUGCAUUAGAUCAGACUGGUCUUCUGGAGAUGAAGUGCUGUCCUAACUACACUGGGGGUUACAUGGUAAUGGGAGACUCUUUCAAUACAUCCCUGUUCAAACAAACCUUUCAGCGUGUGUUUACCAAAGAUGCACAGGGGCAAUUCAAGAUGGGAUUUGGAGGUACUUUAGAAAUCAAAACCUCAAGAGAAAUAAAGAUAUCUGGAGCUAUUGGACCUUGUGUAUCUCUCAAUUCUAAAGGGCCCUGUGUAUCAGAAAAUGAGAUAGGAACAGGAGGUACAUGUCAGUGGAAGAUUUGUGGACUUAAUCCUACCACAACCCUAGGAUUGUAUUUUGAGGUGGUUAAUCAGCACAAUGCUCCAAUUCCUCAGGGUGGGCGAGGUGCAAUCCAGUUUGUGACUCAGUACCAGCAUUCGAGUGGACAGAGACGAAUUAGAGUGACCACUGUUGCCAGAAAUUGGGCUGAUGCUCAGACACAGAUUCAAAACAUCGCUGCUUCUUUUGACCAGGAGGCGGCUGCCAUUCUUAUGGCCAGGCUGGCAGUGUACAGGGCUGAGACAGAGGAAGGACCUGAUGUUCUUAGGUGGUUGGACAGACAGCUCAUUAGACUGUGUCAGAAAUUUGGAGAAUAUCACAAGGAUGAUCCAAGUUCCUUCAGAUUUUCAGAAACCUUUUCCCUUUACCCACAGUUUAUGUUCCAUUUAAGAAGAUCUCCUUUCUUGCAAGUCUUCAACAACAGUCCUGAUGAAAGUUCCUACUAUCGCCAUCAUUUCAUGCGGCAAGAUCUGACUCAGUCCCUUAUAAUGGUCCAGCCAAUUCUAUAUGCCUAUUCUUUCAAUGGACCCCCAGAGCCUGUUCUUUUAGAUAGCAGCAGUAUUCUGCCUGAUCGCAUUCUUCUCAUGGACACCUUUUUCCAGAUCCUUAUUUAUCAUGGAGAGACCAUAGCUCAGUGGCGCAAGUCAGGCUACCAGGACAUGCCAGAGUACGAAAACUUCCGCCAUUUGCUCCAGGCUCCAUCAGAUGAUGCACAGGAAAUUCUUCAUUCCAGAUUUCCAAUGCCACGAUACAUAGAUACAGAGCAUGGAGGCAGUCAGGCUCGUUUUCUGCUUUCUAAAGUGAAUCCCUCUCAGACCCACAAUAAUAUGUAUGCCUGGGGUCAGGAAUCUGGAGCACCCAUUCUCACAGACGAUGUCAGUUUGCAGGUUUUCAUGGAUCAUUUGAAGAAACUUGCUGUAUCAAGUGCUGCCUAAGUGUGGAGUGCAACAGAUGUUGAUUAGCUGAAUCAACAUUUCAGCUUUAUUUUCCAUUUGAUGUACUUGUAAAACAAAUGCUCUGAUGGGUUGCAAGCUGCCUAACUACAUCUUAAAGUAGUGUAGUUUUCAGAAAAAGAGCACAUCAAAGGCCUAAGUACAAACUACAGUUUGGAAAAGUAAACCAAACUGGGAUAUAAUUCGGGGGGGGGGGGAGCUUUUUUGGUUUCCAUGAUACUGUAAUUUGUCUUAGUCCAUUGAUUAUAACUUUGUACUAUAUUUUAUAUUUGAACAGUCGAAAUUACUAUUCUGGCUUGCACUGCAGAAACACUAAAUGUUGUAAAAAAAAAGUCUAUUGUCAGCAAUGGGCUUUCAUGAUUUGCCUUCUGGCAUAUUCAUGUUUAUUCUUCUUGGCUAGAAAAGAACAAAGAAACUGACUAUAAAAUGCUAUAAAUCCAAUUUCUUGAAAUCGAAAAAUAUUUAUUUUCUGCAAUCAGUUGUAUGUUGAUGGUUUAGUAAGUGUUCAUUUUUGUUGGUUUUUUGUUAGGAAAUCUUUUCUAUAUUUUCUAAGUGAAGUUUAACAAGCAAAAAUUGAAACAAAUUUGUCAAUUGUUAUCCAGAGUUUACAAUUUGACAAUCAUUUGGAUAAUCUCUGGCAAAGCCUGUAAUUACUACACUUAAUUAAAACACUAUCAAAUCUGGGUGUUUUUAAAACAGAGGAGAAAAAUUGAUGUCCUACACCUGUCUACAGUGUCUACACAGGGAAAAACACAUAGUAUAGUACCAUAAACAAAAACAUAUUGCUGCCUAUUUCCAUAAGUAAAGUAUGCUUAUUUUAUUAUAGCCAUAUAAUGUUAUGACAUUGUGUGGUGCUUGUUUUUUUGUUCUGCUUCUGUUUUGUUAUAAAUUAUGCAGUUUAUGAUUCUUGUUGAAGCAGUAUUACACAGUACACACCAUAAUUGUAAUAAAUCUGGUAAUACUCAGUUUUAGCUUUGUUUCCUUGAGAAAAAAUAUAUUUGCUUUUUAAUAAUAAAGUUUUUAUGUCUAGAACA